CCAAACCAAGUAUUCGCCAGAUACCACAAUUGUCUCGUCACGCAUCAUGAGAGACUAUAAAAUUGUUGUUUUGGGAGCUGGUGGUGUUGGAAAGUCUUCCAUCACUGUACAAUUUGUUCAAGGUGUCUAUGUUGAAAGCUACGAUCCCACUAUUGAAGACUCUUAUCGAAAACAAAUCGAGGUCGAUGGCAGGGCUUGCGACUUAGAGAUAUUGGACACGGCCGGCGUGGCCCAGUUCACUGCAAUGAGAGAAUUAUACAUAAAGUCAGGCAAAGGCUUUCUCUUGGUGUACUCUGUAACGGAUGAAAAUUCCUUGCAAGAAUUACUAGCAUUGAGAGAACAAGUCUUGCGUAUCAAAGACUCAGAAAACGUUCCCAUGGUUUUGAUCGGUAACAAGUGUGACUUAGAUGAAGACCGUGUUAUAUCCAUAGACGAUGGUAUGAACGUGUCUCAGCAGUGGGGCCUUGUUCCAUUUUAUGAGACUUCAGCCAUGUACAAGACCAACGUGGACGAAGCAUUUGUCGAUGUGGUUAGGCAAGUAAUGCGCAAAGAUGCACAGGCGAGUGCAGAAAAGAAACAACAGAAAGAAUUGCAAAAGCAGCAGGCUGCAGAGUCGACUAAAACUGAAGUCACCGACGCGAACGGUAAUGAGCAGAUGCAAGGCGGAAGUCUCCCGAGCAGACAUAGAAAAGCACAGUCCGUGAAGUCCGCAUCUCUGCCUAAAAGCUCGUGUUGCGUCAUAGUGUGAAAUUGCGAUCUGGCUCAUAGAAACACUCUCUUGGCUCUCUGUGCUUGAUAUUUAACUUUCGAAAAUUGCCAUCGAGAUGGGCAAGAUAACCGCUCACCUGGUCACCUCAAGAUGGAUGAGCUUAGGUACGAUCCGAGAACUUUUGGAAUUGUUGAUAUCCAUAAUUUUUUGCGAUGGGUAAACCAAGGUGAGCCUAAGCAAGACAGAAUGAAUUUGCUAUUGCAUACAAUUCUCUUCAUUUCCUUUCAAUAAUUCAAUAAAGAAUAACCCUUAAGAGAACACCAUGUAAUUUGAAGCAGCUGGGCCAGUGUAAUAAUUGGCAGGUCUGUGUUUGAUUAGCACAUAUUGCUUGUGCUGAAGGUCAUAUAUACAAUGUUCUUUUUUUGAUUACCGUACGCCUCUCACAAUGAAGAGUAUCUAUACGCACCGCCUCGAAGUACUGCGUCAGUUAUUC